AGAUGUCUUUUCAAAUGCUUGCGCUACCUUCAGGCUACCGACCUUGGGAUCGUACGUGGUCAAUCAUCUAUCAUUUUGCACUACAGCGUGAUCUACACUUUAAUGUCUGUAAACGAUAAAACCAGCGUAAUUUUUUUCAUAGUGAUGCUUGUUCAUGAAUUGUGUUUAUCCACGAAAAAUGAGAGCAACGCAGAUAAUGCCUUGUGUAUUGAAUAUAGAAGAAACCUGUCGCAGUAUGUAAAAGACAUCAUAUACAAUAUGUCUGAAAAAGCAGCGCCUACAUCCUUUUGUGGUUGGUGUUGCGAAGCCGUACAGAAAAUGGGGGUCAUUUUGGAAAACCCUGAAUAUCAUAAUGCCGACGGGAAGUCAUGUUUUGAUCUCUUGGCUAAUACAGAAAAGGGCACAAUAGAUUCGAUUGAUUUCAUUUACAAAAAGUGGGACAGUUCUUUCUGUUCCCAUUGUUUUGAAAGGUCCACUUUGGAUCACAAUGUCGAUAUACUAACUGGAUCAUCUCACAAGGUUAAAUUGUCGAAAAAUUCGUUGAAUUCUUUUUACAACUUACAGGCUUACAGUAAAAAGGUCUACACUUUCUUUGAUAAACUUGAUAAUGUCCUGACGUGUUUUAAUCAGUUCAUCAAUUAUCCUAACAUAUCCAUUCUCAAUGUAUUAAACUUCCCUUCUCGUAAAAGCUUGAAUAUCAGUAACAUGGUUUGUCAAAACUGCUCUGAAGUAUAUCACACAUUGUUAGAUUUUUACACCAGUCAGCUUAUGAGACAUAACAAAAUGGAUGGAGAACGUGGAAACCUCGAAAUAGUGUCUCAAAUUGGUUAUCGUUUCGCUGUAUGCUUAGAUGUACAGGAUGCCAUAAAUCGUACACAGUGGGCUUGGUACAAUUUAUUACAUUGUCAAACAGAAGAAAUUCAGCCUAUCGGUUUCCUUUUGCCAUUAUUAAUUUGUGUUGUUUUCCUUGUCAUUUUUCAUGUGCUUGCUCAGUCAGUAUUUCGUCGUCCUGUCCACCUAAUGGUUUACAGGCCAAAGCGCGUUGAACCGACAGUCAGGUCACAACAAAGAAUAUUCAGUGCAUCUUCAAUUACACAUGAACAUAUGUCGCUAAUCAGAUCUUAUGGCAGCAUAGGACCUGUAGUAGAGAAUAAUUCGAUGGAGCGAAAUUCAUUCAGGAAAAAUCUUUCACUUUCCUAUUCACCACCUGAUGGCCGAAUAAUAGUACAGCAUGCAGCACGAACUCAAGAUUGAUAAAAGUAUUAUUUAUUAAAACUACUCUAAUGUCUUUUCCACAAUGAUUUCACAGUCAUUUGAUUCUUUUUAUAGUCAAUCACUUUCUCCUGUUUUCUUAGCGAUCAAAAUUGAUAUAUUGUUUUCCAUUUGCGUUAUAUUCUCUUCAAUUAAUCACAAUAAAGGAAUGAUUAUUACUCGGAGAAAUAGGUUUGAUAUAUUUUCGAAGAUUCUUAUCACUUAUUGUGAAAAGGAUAUUUUUAUUGUUCACCUUGUCGAUCAUUCUUGUCAUGACAUCUUGAAAUUGCUUCAACACUUCACUUAUCUUAGUCGUUCAUUUCGAUGAUUAUAAACUAUUGCAUUACCAAACUGAAUAAUUUGUUAAAACCUUCGUUCUUUGGCAUUUGUUUUCUUGUGGAUGAGCUUUCCAUCUUCUAUACAAUUUUCAUACUGUAAUUAUUGACAUUCUAUCUUUUCAUCUUUUUUAAAAUGUCACAUGAUCCUACUAAUAAAGCGAUAUAAAUUCUACUACAUAUCAA